CAGUAAGUUCAGCGCGCCCGCUCCGGCCGGCCCUGCGCCUCCCGCCGCGCCCGGGAUGUAUUCGUCCCCGCUCUGCCUGACCCAGGAUGAAUUCCACCCGUUCAUCGAGGCGCUGCUGCCUCACGUCCGCGCCUUCGCCUACACCUGGUUCAACCUGCAGGCGCGGAAGCGCAAGUACUUCAAGAAGCACGAGAAGCGCAUGUCGAAGGACGAGGAGCGCGCGGUCAAGGACGAGCUGCUGGGCGAGAAGGCCGAGGUGAAGCAGAAGUGGGCGUCCCGGCUGCUGGCCAAGCUGCGCAAGGACAUCCGGCCCGAGUGCCGCGAGGACUUCGUGCUGGCCAUCACCGGCAAGAAGGCGCCGGGCUGCGUGCUCUCCAACCCCGACCAGAAGGGCAAGAUGCGCCGCAUCGACUGCCUGCGCCAGGCCGACAAGGUGUGGCGGCUGGACCUGGUCAUGGUCAUCCUCUUCAAGGGCAUCCCGCUCGAGAGCACCGACGGCGAGCGCCUGGUCAAGGCGGCGCAGUGCGGCCACCCGGUGCUCUGCGUGCAGCCGCAUCACAUCGGCGUGGCGGUCAAGGAGCUCGACCUCUACCUGGCCUACUUCGUGCGCGAGCGAGACGCGGAGCAGAGCGCUAGUCCCCGGGCAGGGAUGGGCUCCGAGCAAGAGGACAGCAAGCCCAUCGCGCUGGACGCCACCGACUUCCAGGAGAGCUUCGUCACCUCUGGCGUGUUCAGUGUCACCGAGCUCAUCCAGGUGUCCCGGACGCCCGUGGUGACUGGAACAGGACCCAACUUCUCCCUGGGGGAGCUGCAGGGGCACCUGGCAUACGACCUGAAUCCAGCCAGCACAGGCAUGAGGAGAACGCUACCGAGCACUUCCUCCAGCGGGAGCAAGCGGCACAAAUCGGGCUCGAUGGAGGAAGACGUGGACACGAGCCCCGGCGGCGAUUACUACACCUCGCCCAGCUCUCCCACGAGUAGCAGCCGCAACUGGACGGAGGACAUGGAAGGAGGCAUCUCGUCCCCGGUGAAGAAAACAGAGAUGGACAAGUCACCUUUCCACAGCCCGUCUCCCCAGGACUCCCCCCGCCUCUCCAGCUUCACGCAGCACCACCGGCCCGUCAUCGCGGUGCACAGCGGGAUCGCCCGGAGCCCUCACCCCACCUCGGCCCUGCACUUCCCCACGACCUCCAUCCUGCCCCAGACGGCCUCCACCUACUUCCCGCACACGGCCAUCCGCUACCCACCUCACCUCAACCCCCAGGACCCACUCAAAGAUCUCGUGUCACUGGCCUGUGACCCCGCCAGCCAGCAACCUGGACCGUUAAAUGGAAGUGCUCAGCUCAAAAUGUCCAGUCACUGCCUUUCUGCUCAGAUGCUGGCGCCCCCGCCCCCUGGGCUGCCGCGGCUGGCGCUCCCCCCUGCCACCAAACCCACCUCCGAGGGAGGAAGCACGUCGCCGACCUCGCCCUUCCUGGUAUCUGGGAUAAGAAAGAUUUCUUCCCACGCCCUGCUCCUUCGUCGCGGGAACCCCAGGGGGCCCCACCGCCGGCCCCUGGCCCACGGUUUCAGUGGAACGUUACAGCGAGCAAGAACACCCCGCCGACCCCCAGCCUGGCCGAAAAGACAAAACAGACACAUCCGUACGCACAGGAGGAAAACAAGCAAAAAGGCAAAAAAAAAGCAAAAAAAAAAGACAAACGGAAAAAAAAAGAUACCAUAAAAAUCAACCCACCCAACCAAGAAGACAAGCGGUAGGGACGGCAGCCGUUGGGACUCUCGGGACACCACAGCCGGACCAGAGGGCCAGGCCGGCCGCCGCUCGGGGCUCAGGCGCCUCCCUAAGUUAUUCAUCUCCUCUGGCUGCUUCUCUGGAAGGUCAGGCGCCGCUGCCCGCCUCCGCCCAGGACCAGGUGAGCGCGGCCGGGGCCCCUGCCUGGGCCCCACCCACGGGCCAGGACAGCCAGCCCGGCCACCUCCGCCUCCGGCCCUGUCCCCACUGCAGGGCUGUCGCGUCGGCGCCUGCCGCGUGGGGACGGCGGGGGACCGGCGGGGACCGGGCGCGGGCGGGCAGGGACACGCGACAAGGGCAGAAGAGGGUCGUGGGGAGACCCUGCGUGUCUCCGGGGUCGGGCCGCGUGGCAGAAACUUUCUCCGGAGCGUCCUAGGGUCUCGGGCCUCCGCUGCCCCGACGCGGGCAGGGCUGGGCUCGCUCGGACCCGGCUUCCGCCCCAGGACUGCCCUGUUUGGGAGGAGAAGUCUCUAUGCAAUUGACCCCCAGCUCCACCCCUCGGCCUGGGAGGCCCCGCACCCCCGCACCCCCGCCGGCCUUGCUCCGCACCCCCGAGGGGAGGGACCCACGUUGCACACACUGUAAGAAAUGCACUUUCCGAGGAAGGGGCUGGGGCGCGUGGAGAGACCCAGAGCUCCCCUGGGGAGGGGACAGCUGUCUGGAGCCUCCAUGCACCCGAGCCCUGGGAGGGGAGGCCACCCCACCACGUAGACCACGGAGGUGGAGGUGAGAGCGAGUGGUUUAAGUGCCUGAUUCCCACCGCCCGCCCCCCUUUGUCCAGCUGGGAUGCGAAACAGCCGGGGGAUGGGGGGCCCUUCCAUCCCCUCCCACAGCCCGGCCGCCUCCAGUCGCUGACCCUCAUUGCUGUGCCCCCCUCAGAGCUAGAGAGAUGGGACUCCCCUGCCCCCCGUGGUCGGCCCACGGGGCAGAGCUGGGCGCCGCGAGCCCUGCCGCGCUCGGGCACCAGGGUGGGUUGUAGGGAGCCAGCGGGCCCCCCCUCGCCUCCUCUGCCAGUGCCUUACAUCCUGGAGCGACACCCCCUCCCUGGGGCCCCCCAGCCCAAAGGGGGACCACGGUUUGCACUUUCAUCUUCCCCCUGCCGACGUGGGGCUCUGCCAGGGAGGCGCAUUGCCGCUGGGCCCCCAAGAAGAAAGCAGGCCAGGCACCCAGUCCAUGUGAGCCCAGAGGGGAUUGGGGGGUUCUGGCCAGGGGAGGGAAGGGUCGGCGCCCGGGGGGCCCCCUGUAGCCACGUAGGGGAUCCCCCCAUCUGCUAAACAUUUUCCGUUGAGCCGCUCCAAAAACACUAAGCUGGGGACACCGGGUGCCCCCCAACCCCGGCUCCCUGGCCCCACCCCUGCCUCCAGCCCCAGGGUGGCCGUCUUGGGGGGGCCUGAGGGGGGGGGUUAGGUGUGCCUGGGUCCCCUCCCAUCCCAUCCCAGGCCCAGCUGGCUUCCUCCACGCCUGACCCUGGGGAAAACCUUCCCCACCGCGGGCCUCCCCACCCCCGACCCGGGCCAAAGCCAUCGCCCUGGGCAGGGCCUCUGCCUCGUGCCCCCAGCCUGGCCCUUCCCCCGUCCCCUGGUGCCCCAGGCCUGGCCAGCCUCUCCCACCUCCCCAGAAACUGGACUUCCCUCCCAAACCAGCCCAAGGGGCUUGGCAAACCCACUCGACCACAGAGAGAAAGACCCUUCCCCACCAACUCCCUCCUCCCAUCAUCCAGAGGCUUCGAGGAGCCGUUGGUCCGUCCGUCUGUCCCCAGGGCCCCCUGCAGCGGGUGGCUGUUGGGGACCAAAGCAUGGGCCGCUCUCCAGGAGGGCAGGAGGGGGGGUGGGUCGUGCAGUCGGGGUAUCCAGAAGCUUCUCAGUCGGGAACCUUAGGGUGCGGGUGGGCAGGGGAGGGGAGGGGCAGCUGGCACCCCCCCAGCCACCUAACUUUGCAUGGUGCUUAGUCGGGGAUUGCUGUGGCUCCUGAUGCCAGCUCGCCGCGGCCGACCCUGCAUGGCAAAUGAUACCUGGCUCCCCCCGCCCCGCCCCCCAGCCCUCCAACACUACCCCUCCUCUUUAAAAAAAAAAAAAAAAAGAUACAAAAAAAAACCCUUAAAAAAACUCCAUGUUUCCUAAUUUGCACGGAAUUUUCUACCACAGGAUGUGCCUUGCCUUCCGAAAAUAAGUAUUACCUUUAAACAAUAUCAGCGCACAGACAGCUGCAUGCUCUGCUCGUGUAGUUAAAAAAAGAAAAAAAAAAAAAAGACAAAACAAU